AUGCGAGCGAGUUUGAACGAUGAUGAUUUUGUGGCGGGUCAGGAAGUCGUUGAUUUACUACACUACUGUGUUCUAGUCGUUGGAGAUGAAUCUGUUGAUGCUUGGAACAGAUUGCAGCAAUUUUUUCUUAACAAAAAAUCUGCAAGAGCUUUGCAAUUUGAUGCGCAAUUUACAAACUCCAAGCUUGCUCAUUUUGAUGGUGUUAAGUCUUAUUGCGCUCAGCUAAAAACUCUAGCUGAUAAUUUGAGGAAUGUUGGAGAUAAAGUCUCUGACAAUCGAAUGACUCUACAACUUUUGAAAGGCCUCUCGGAGGAAUAUAAGCCCUUUUGA